UUCUUCAUUUUUUUUCAAACAUUUAGACUCACAACAACAAAUAUUAUCAACAUAUAUAAACAACAAACAAGAAAGAAGAAAGAAGAAGAAGAAGAAGAAGAAGGAAGAUCAUAUAUAGAUAUAUAUUUAUAUAUAUUAUAUAUCAAUCAAGAAGAUGGGUAGGGCUCCAUGUUGUGAUAAGGCUAAUGUGAAGAAAGGACCAUGGUCACCUGAAGAGGAUACUAAGCUUAAAGCUUAUAUUGAUACUUAUGGCACUGGUGGUAAUUGGAUUGCUCUUCCCCAAAAAAUUGGGCUUAAGAGAUGUGGAAAGAGUUGUCGAUUGAGGUGGCUUAAUUACUUGAGACCUAAUAUCAAACAUGGUGGAUUCUCUGAAGAAGAAGACAACAUCAUCUGUAGUCUCUAUAUAAGUAUUGGCAGCAGGUGGUCUAUAAUAGCAGCUCAAUUACCAGGAAGAACAGAUAAUGACAUAAAAAAUUAUUGGAACACAAGAUUGAAGAAGAAAUUAUUGGGAAGGCGAAAACAAUCCAAUGGAUCUCGAUUAUCAUCAUCGGCCACCACGGAUGGAAAAAAUCCGAUCUUGGAAGAGAAUUCGGCUGAAACUUUAAGUAGUUCAGCCAUUGAAAGGCUUCAACUCCAUAUGCAACUUCAAAGCCUUCAAAACCCUUUAUCUUUCUAUAAUAAUCCUGCUUUGUGGCCUAAGCUUCAUCCCUUUCAACAAAAAAUGAUUCAACAAAGUUUCCAAGCUUUGAAUGUAAACCCUAACCCUAACCCUAAUUCUGAGCUGUUAACUCAGAAUUCUAUGAUCAUGCAAGUGCAUGAUCAUGUGAUUAGCCCUAAUAAUCAAGCCCAAAAGGAGAUUGAGUUUUAUGGUUCGUCGAUUAUUGCUAAUAAUAUCGUUGUAAGUGAAGAUCAAAUUGAUAGCGCUAAAGGAUCAGGCGACCAGUCUGGUAAUCAACAUGUUUCGGCUUUUCAAGCUGAGCUCGAGGGCAUUCUUAACGGAGAUCAUGGUGAUAUAAACUCAAUCGAGUUUAAUCAUAAUCAUAAUCAUAAUCAGAUGGCGGGUUCUGAUCCCGGGUUUGAUAACUUGAUCAAGGAUAUGAAUAAUGUGGUGGUCUCUAAUAAUAAGGAAAGCUUGUUAUGGUGGUCUAAUGAGUUUGAAGCAUCAAAAUCAUCAUCAUCAAACUCAUGGGAAUCUACUUCUGUGGUUCUUGAUCAUCAUCAUCAAUCUAAUAAUAGCAAUGAGAUGUUUCAUCAUGAUCAUCAUCAUUAUGAUCAAAUGACUAGUUAUGGCCUGUGAUGACAAAAUUAUGAGGUUAAUUAAUUAAUUUUUUUUAAUUAAUUUACUUCUAAUAAGUACUAUUAUUGUAGUAACUAUAUAAUAGGGUUUUAAUCCCAUGCAUAAGAUGAAAAUCAUGAUGAUUAUGAAAUCAGGAGAGAAAAUAUGGAACAUAUAUAUUAUAUAUUCGAGGGGUUUUUUUUUUCUUUUGUAAAUUAAUAAUUAUGUGUGAAUAAUUAUGUUUUUUUGAGAUUAUAAUGAAACUUUGUUUAUUCUCUAAA